AGAUUGCAUUGUUGCUGCAAAUAUUUAUACCAAAUUUGAUUUUGAGUGCGGUGGUGCAAGCAUUUGAUGACCCAUGACGGAGAUUCAGACUUGUGGCAAACCAAUCGAUUCGUUGUUAGAGAAGGUCCUUUGUAUGAACAUUCUGUCGUCUGAUUAUUUCAAAGAGCUUUACCGGUUAAAGACAUACCAUGAAGUUGUCGAUGAAAUCUAUAAUCAGGUUGACCAUGUGGAGCCAUGGAUGACUGGAAACUGCCGUGGUCCUUCGACGGCAUUCUGUCUUCUUUACAAGUUUUUUACCAUGAAACUUACUGUCAAACAAAUGCAUGGUUUAUUGAAACAUCCAGAUUCUCCUUACAUAAGGGCGGUUGGAUUUCUCUAUCUAAGAUAUGCUGCAGAUCCAAAGACAUUGUGGAGCUGGUUUGAACCAUAUCUUAAGGAUGAUGAGGAAUUCUCACCUGGAUCCAAUGGAAAAAUGACCACGAUGGGUGCAUAUGUGCGAGAUUUGCUACUUGGACAGUACUACUUUGAUACCCUUUUCCCUCGCAUCCCUGUUCCUGUAAUGCGGCAGAUUGUAACUAAUCUUGAGAAGAUGAAGCUUCCCUCAAAGCACUCUGGUGUUACAGGGGAUACCAACCGUCAUGGAUCUGAUGAUACUGCUCGUCGACCACCAUCUGUUAAAGCUGCACUUUCAGUCUCUUUUGGCCAGCGUGCUCCUCACCGUGCAUCAACCAGGGACUCAUCUCCCGUUCGCCGCACUAUACCACCGCCCUCAUAUGAUGGAGCCAAUGAAGAUGUAAGAAGAUCCCCCAGAGAUCGCCGCAGCCAUAGUCGUGAGUAUCAUGACAGGGAUUACUUAGACAGAGACAAGGAUCGAGAUAGAGAUAGGGACCGAGAACGUGAUCGAGACAGAGAUAGAGAUCAGGAUCGAGACAGAGAUAGAGAUCAGGAUCGAGAUAGAGAUAGAAAUAGGGACCGAGAUCGAGGUAGAGAUCGAGAUCGAGAUCGAGAUCGGGACAGGGAUAGGGAUAGGAUUAGGGACAGGGACAGGGACAGGGAAAGAGAAAGAGAAAGAGAAAGGGAACGAAGACAUGAUUAUGAUAGAAGGUCCAAGUACUCAGAGAGAGGAAGCAGGAGGGAAUAUGAGAACAGCCAUAGGAGCCGGAGCAGAAGCAGGAGCAGAAGUAAGAGUGUGCAGGCUGGCAAUGCACGCAUUGAUCGUCAAACAACCCCACAGAGAGAUGUAAGCAAAGAGAAGACAUCUGCAUCAAGCAACCUGGCCAAGCUUAGGGAUCUAUAUGGUGAUUUAAGUGAUAGAAAAGGGGAGGAUGAACUGGAACGGGGUCCUGGAAGGGAUAGAGGUGAAGAAGUGAUUAGACUUGGUGGUUCUACCUGGAAAUGAAGCAGACAGAUGGAGGCCUGCAU